AUGAGCAAAUUUGAUCCCAAUAACUUGCCUUACGUUAAUCCAUCUACAGACCGUCGUGUUUGCAUUAUAACUGGCGGUAACAGUGGAAUAGGUUGGUACACUGUUUUACAUCUAUAUCUCCAUGGAUUUGUUGUUUACAUUGGUGGAAGAAGUAAAAACAGAGUUGAUAAAGCUACAAUGGAAAUUAAGAAUGAAGCCAUGAAAAGAAGGAUCUUUUAUUCCAAAGAGGAGUUGAAUUCCAAAAAGUGUGGUGAAUUGAAAUUUUUACAAUUGGAUUUAUGUGAUUUGAACUCUGUUGAAACAGCGUCUAUAACGUUCAAGAACCAAGAGUCUUCUUUAAAUUUGCUAAUCAAUAACGCUGGUGUCAUGGCCUUGCCAUAUUCAAAAACCAAAGACGGAUUUGAAAUUCAGUUACAGACUAAUUUUAUUUCACAUUUUUUAUUGACUCAGAGGCUAAUUCCAUUAAUGGAAAAAAAAGAUGUGAUUGAUCCUCGCAUUAUUUAUUUAUCAUCAAUUGGCCAUAGAUUUCAAUUUUAUCCAUUUAAUAUGGAUUCGACAUUUAAUUUCAAACCGAAUAUUCUAUUUACUUGGUUUCGAUAUGGAAUGGCAAAGACUGCUGGAAUCCAGUAUAUGAAAAUGUUAUCCUUGAAAAAUCCGAAAAUAUUAAGUGUUGCAGUUCAUCCUGGAUUUGUCAUGAACACCAAUUUAUUUAGUUAUUGGACGCGAUUACCAUUAAUUGGAAUUAUAUUUUGGAUUUUUUUUCAAAUAUUUGGUUUCUUUUUUGGAGUAACAAAUGAAGAAGGUGCUUAUGCUACAUUAAAGUGUGCAUUAUCAAAGGAAUUGACUCCUGAAACAGAUAACGGGAAAUAUUAUGCUACUCAUGGCAUAGAAACUAAUCCAAGUGGUGUUGCUUCUAGCAUGGAUAAUGCUGCUGCUACAUGGCUCUGGACGGUUCAUAAACUAGAGGAACUUGGUUACCAUAUCCAAGAAUUGUAG